CGCGCGCACACGGUCGGGGUGUGGGAGGGACAGGGAGGGGGGGAGGCCGUAACCACCCGUCCUUGUUACGAACGAGGAGCCUCCAUCGCCGGGGUCGGGGGAAAGAGAACGGGGACUAUCCCCACCCCCGCCGCUCAGCCGCUCCAGGCGCGGCCGCCAAGCCCUCCUGAGUCCCCCCCGGUGAUGCUGCAGGUCUCCUAGGAUGGGGUGGAUCUUUUCAGGUGCUAUUAGAAUAAGUGAAAAUAAUCUCCAAAAAUUAAAAAGCAUCAUCUGCUUCUGAAGUGUUCCAGCUCUGGUUCUCCUUGGCUUUCCUACUCCCAUGAGUCUGGGAUUUCAUCAAUGCGGAUUAGAGCUAAUAAGGCAAACCCAAAAGACACUCCACCUCCAGGAAGAGCGCUUAUCAGCAUGGAAGCAAAAGGGCACGAAGCAAACCAGGAAGAUGCUUCACUGAGCGGCGUCAGAUCGUGCGGAAGUUCUACCAGUCCAUUUCUAGUGUCAGCUUGUCUUCGAGGUGCAGUGAAUGAAAACACUUCUGCGCCGAUGACUCAAGCACAGAACCCUUUGCUCACAAAGUACGAACUGGAACUCGAAAGCCAGCGAAAAUUGAUCCCUUACCCGGGAAAGGAACACAUUGAGCGGGUUUUAGAAGAGUACUCACAUCAGGUGAAAGACUUACAGAGAAGACUGAAUGAAAGUGCUGAGCUGCAUGAAAAACAGAAAUUCCACCUGAGGCAGUCAGUCAUCGACUUGCAGACCAAGCUUCAAGAGAUGCAGAUGGAGAGGGAUGCUCUGGUGGACAUCAGACGAAGGGAGACUCUUUCUCAGGAGGAUCUAAGAAAUCAACUGCAAAAUACAGUUCAUGAACUUGAACUUGAAACUGCCAAACGCCUUCAGGAAGAGGUUCUGCGGGAGAACAGUAGUCAGACGGAGCAGCUCAGAAAGGUGAUGCUCAGUCAUGAAGGAGUGCUCCAGGAAAUCCGGGCCAUUCUGGUGGACUAUGAAGAGACCACAGGCAAGAGAAUCUAUGAGCACGAGACCAUCUCUGCUGUCCACAUCCGUAACCUGGGCACAGCUGUCAGUAAGCUGCUGAGAGAACUGGACACGGAGGUGUCUUACCUUAAAGGGAGAAUUUUUCCAGUAGAAGAUCAACUUGAAUCACUGAAAACUGAAUCACAGAACAAAAUAGAACUGCUUCUUCAGCAGCAUCAGGAUAGGAUUGAGCAAUUAAUGAAUGAACAUGAACUUGAAGUAACGGGACUGAGUGAGAAAGCUAGUAGUGCCCGGAGCCAAGCAAAUAGCAUUCAGAGCCAGCUGGAAAUCAUUCAAGAACAAGCAAGGAAUCAAAAUUCAAUGUAUAUGCGUCAGCUCAGUGAACUGGAAUCUACUGUUUCUCAGCUGCGUUCUGAAUUAAGAGAAGCCAAAAGGAUGUAUGAAGACAAGAUCGAAGAUCUGGAGAAGCAGUUAGUUCUGGCCAACUCAGAGCUGACUGAGGCCCGCACUGAGCGUGACCAGUUCAGUCAGGAAUCUGGAAAUCUGGACGACCAACUUCAGAAGCUGCUGGGGGACAUGGAUGGGAAGUGUGAUGAAGCUGGAGCCCAUAGAAAGGAACAGACUGAUGGCCCUUCUGUGUUUAGAGUCCUGCUGCAGUCCCACCCCUACGCUGCCUUGGGUUACAUAGGCCUGGUGAGCAAGUCACGUCAUCUCCCUGAUGUCAUGGUCCUCUUCAAGAACCCAGACAAACACAGCGAUUUACAUAAGAGGGAAAAGGAGCUAGGUCUGGAGAAGGAACAGAACAAGCGGCUUUGGGACCGAGACACUGGCAACAGCAUCACCAUCGACCACCUGCGCCGCGAGCUGGAUGACAGGAACAUGGAGGUGCAGCGUCUGGAAACACUGGUGAAAACCAUGAAGACCGAGUGCCAAGGGCAGAUGGAGCGCCAGAUGGCAGCAAUUCAGGGAAAGAAUGAAAGCUUAGAGAAAGUGUCUGCCUUGACUGCUCAGCUGGAAUCCACCAAAGAGAUGCUCCGCAAAGUCGUGGAGGAGCUGACCGCCAAGAAGAUGAUGCUGGAAGGCUCUGAGAGGACUGUGUCUGACCUAACGCUGUCUCUGCAAGAGAAAGAGCGAGCCAUUGAGGCCACCAACACGGAGAUCACCAAGUUGCGUUCGAGGGUCGACUUAAAGCUACAAGAGCUCCAGCACCUAAAAAAUGAAGGGGACCACCUCCGGAACGUGCAGUCGGAGUGUGAGGCCCUCAAGGUGCAGAUGGUGGAGAAGGACAAGGUGAUCGAGAUCUUGCGUCAGCAGAUCGAGAACAUGACUCAGCUGGUUGGCCAGCAUGGGCGUACGGCCGGGGCCAUGCAAGUGGAGAAAACUCAGCUCGAGAAAGAGAUCAAUGACCGGAAGCUGGAACUGCAGGAAUUCAAGAUCAUAAAAGACAAGAAAGAUUCAAAAAUCCGUGAGCUCGAAGCUCGGCUAAGUGACUUGGAACUUGAAAAAGUGAAACUGGUGAAUGCUGGAUCUGAACGGCUCCGUGUAGUGAAGGACAUGAAGCAGGAGAGAGACCAGCUCCUCGCUGAGGUGAAAAACAGUCGGAAUGAGCUCUGCAGUCUUUCAGAGGACUACGAAGUUUUAAAAAGAAAUUAUCGGAACAAAAGUGAAGAGAUGGAAUGUACCACAAACAAGCUGAAAAUGCAAUUGAAAUCUGCACAGGCCGAGCUGGAACAGACAAGAAAUACUUUAAAGACAAUGGAAGGAUCUGAUGGCCAUGCCAUGAAAGUUGCAAUGGGAAUGCAGAAGCAAAUUACUGCCAAAAGAGGACAAAUAGAUGCCCUGCAGAGCAAGAUUCAGUUCUUGGAGGAAGCGAUGACAAAUGCGUCAAAGGAGAAGCGUUUCUUAAAAGAAGAGAAAAAUAAACUAAGUCAAGAAUUGAACGUUGUUGCAACAGAAAAAAACAAAAUGGCAGGGGAGCUGGAGGUCCUGAGAUCCCAAGAGCGGCGCUUGAAAGAAAAAGUUGCUAACAUGGAAAUUGCUCUUGAUAAGGCAUCGUUGCAGUUUGCAGAAUGUCAAGACAUAAUCCAGCGUCAGGAGCAAGAAUCAGUACGCUUGAAACUACAACACACGUUGGAUGUGAAGGAACGUCAGAGUCCAGGCUACACCCCAAGUUCUUCUGUGAAACAGCGCCUCAUACCAUCAUUGCCUACUUCCCGACCCCACUCUACUAAUUUACCGUCUACCCAGUCUACCAUCAGCUACAUAUCUCACGUACCUAGCAAAGUUGCUGUCCUGAAGGAAGACCCUACGAGAGACUUAAAACAACUGCUUCUGGAGCUGAGGAGUGUCAUCAACGAGGAGCCCUCUGUGUCUCUGGCGAAGAGCAAUGGUGACCCUGGGAGGCCAGCCGCAGGAGGAGCCGUCCACAUGGGAGUAAAUGAUGCAGUCAGAGACCCGCUCACUGAAUCUAAACUGAGAAUAGAGAUGUUCAACAGAGAUCCUGUAACUUUACAUGCCGGAGAUCUGGAGGAUAAAACCAAUACCUUCGGUUUUCCAGCCAGUGUAAGUCCUUCAGUUACAGCUGGUGGGAGCCGCUUUGGUACUUCCCCUAAAAAGUUCUCCCAGGAGCCAAAGAACCCAGAGAGGACUCCAGCGCACCCCCUCUUGACCAGCUCAGCCGAAGAUUCUCUGUCUUCCAAGUCAGACUACAAACAUACCCAUACAUCUGACGUUAAAGUUUCUCAGAAUCAACCGGUAGAAACAACUGGAAAAACAUGUAGGAAGCUACAAAACAGACUGGAAAGUUUACAAAAUCUGGUAGAAGAUUUACAAAUGAAAAACCAAGCAAUGUCUUCAAUGAUCAGGAAUCAGGAAAAAAGGAUCCAAAAAGUGAAAGACCAAGAGAAGAUGCUAUUGAAAUGAACCAUCCCUUGCUCCAUGUUGACAUGUGGACUCUGCCUAAUUAGCUGUCAUGUUAAACAUACUUAUUAUUCUGUGGAAGGUUUUUUCUGUGAAAGUUUAAUAAAAGAGUCAGAGUCA